AUCUUCUUUUGUUGUUUAUUUAUUUACAAAUGGCGCUAGGCGUUUGCUGUUUUGAAACUUGUUCCAAUUUCAUACUACCUUCUCUCCCCUGUCUACGCCCUUGAGGUGUAGUUUUAGUUCUAAUUUUGUCACUUGAAUAUAUUUAUCGACAUGGACGAAGAUACGUUUGAUGUAUUGAAUGCUGCUGAAAUUGAACAUUAUGUUUUAAGUCUGAGACCCAGCAAAAUAGAUGAGUUGGGAACAGAAUUUUGGCUGCAAACUCACGAAUUCAUGCAAAAAUUAAGUCAGCAAGCUGUGCUUGAGGCAUCUGAACACCGAGAGGAAGUGGUGAAAGAACUCAUGGCUACUCAUUCCAAAGUUUCAGUUCUGGUUCAUGAAGCAAUAUGCAUUUCUGUUUGGCGAGAGAAAGUGCUUCCUGAACUGCUCCGUCUAGAAGAAAAUAUUAAAGACACUUUUUUAGUAUACUGUGUGUUAUUUCAUGAAGCAACCGCUGUGGCUCUCUUAGAAACUGUCCUUUUCCAUGGGGAUUCAUGUGAAGCUCUUGGUGACACUGCUGUGGAUUUGCUUGAUUAUUGUAUGCCUCUCAUCUAUCAAAUAUGUGCAGGGUACAAGAGCCCUAAAGAGCCUUCUGAAGCAUCCCCAAUGGAUAGCAUCAAGGACCAAGAAAUGAUUAUUUGUUUUAAUAUAGGCAUGAGAUGUAUAUCUAUUUUGCAGUACUUAAUAGAAUCAAUGGAGAGCUUGCCACUUGCGGUGACCUCAAGGCUUUACACACAUCAUGAUGUCCCCCUCCUUUUGGUCCAUUUGCUUGAAGUUAGGCCUUGGGAGAGGACUGAUCCGAAGCAUCCAGGAAGGAAACUCAAAUUCUCUGAUGGGCAAUGGAUUGAAGUCAAAGGGGAAGAUGUUUUAAAAUUGACCCGAACAGAAGGCCAGGUUUGGUUGGCUCUCCGUCAGAUACUCCUCAGAGAGAGCUGUGCACGACUGUAUGACUUUUCAGACUUUAGAAGAAGUCAACUUCAAAAGGUUUUGCGAUAUAUGACCGACCCACUGCUAGACCAAGUUUCACCUUUAAUAGAUUUAAAGCAGUUCCUGUGCCACCUCCAAAUAUCAUCUGGUCCAUCAUCUACAAGAAAACCACUCAUUCUAGAAGUUAUUCCUGAGAUAAGGAAAAACUUUUUGGAUUGGGGCUCACGCAAGUGGCGUAAAAUAGCCAAAAUUCAGUUGGGAACAUUUUUUCAAAAGGAUCAAGGUUCUAUUCAGAAAAUGGCUCAGAGCUUGAGUUCUGCAUAUAAUCUGGAUGUGCUUGACCGUCUUGGAGGAGAUAUGGCGAAGUGUGCUGGCUGUGGGGAUCCUGCUCCUAAACGCUGUUCUCGUUGUAAAACAGAGUGGUAUUGUGGAAGAGAGUGCCAGGUCAAGUGCUGGAGCAACCACAAACAGGUUUGCAAUUCAGUUGUGGAGGCUGCAGAGUACAUUGGAAAAAAGGAAACAGAAACAAAACAAAACAUAACAACACAGGAGAUAAUUUAAAGUUGCUUAAGUGGUAUAGAUAAAUUUAUUUCUCAGUCAAAAGACACAUGACAUUUUUUAAGAGGCGCUAAAAUUUGUUCCUAUGAGAAGUUUUGUUUUUACAAGAAGUACUGUCAGAGGACACACCUUGUGUUUGAAAGUGCAUUUGCCAGCUAUAAAGAAGGGUCUUCUUUAGUAAUCUAUUUUCCUCAAUCAUGGCUACAUUCACAUUUGUUACAAAUAAAUAAAUAGAAAUUUUGCAAAGGCAUGCAGUACUGCUUUGCAAAUAUCAAGAAUCAAGUAGUUUUGCUUCAAACAAUGUUUGGCAAGUGCAGAAUAUGGUGUGCAAAAUGUACACAUAUACAAAUAUCAUUGCAGUUGGAAUAAUUUAAUCCCCUUGGGGAAAUUCCAGAGACAUCACAAUGACUAAUAUGUCCUUUAGUGAAAACAACUCAGAAAAAUAGGCUAGGCAUUUUACCAAAGACAAUUCUGUUGUGAUAACUAUGUAUCUUUAUUUUAAGAUGGGAACAUUUUCAAAAUGAAAGAGAACACAUUAGAUUUUUUUGUUUUUGUUGAUUUUCUUUUUUACAUAAAUUAAAAUGACUUUGUCACAAGUGCUGCUAUUUCACUCCAAAUACUGUACAUUUUCAUGAAAGCAAUUCAUCCCGAAUUUAACAGCUAACAUACAUACACACAGUCAGCAUGCUCUACACACAGACAUAGCAUGCAUGCUGCACGUUUAUGAUCUUAUUAUGCUUAGUAUAACACAACUACAGUAUCUAUAUCAUAUAUGAAUAAACAUUUAACUGUAUAAUAGACAAGGGUUUAUGCAACUUUACAAGGCACCUAAUAUCAAAUAAUUCUGCACUGUAAAAUAUAGAAUUGAUAUUGUUCCCUAUUUGUAUUCACACCACAACAAUGUAAUAGCUUUAUCCUCCACACCUUAAACUUUAUGCCAAUUUCCUUUCUUUGAAAAUAGUAGAAGAAAGCAUUAACGGUCUAAUUUACAUUAAAACUCUUAACUUUUCAACUACAAUGUCAUGCGAUUGUUUAGGCUACAGCUCACUGAGAUCAUGCUAUAGUAACAUUGUUAAGGAGAAAGUUAUGAAAAUGCAACAGUAUUGUGAAAACACCUUGGUCUUGUGUUCAUUGUAUCCUCCCUUCCAGAAUUUUUUUAACAAUAACAUUCAGGCUAAAAAAGUCUCAAGUGAAUAAAAUGUGCCAAAACCUUCUGCAUAUUAAGCCACAUUACUGCAUAACAUAAACCUUAAUUAAUUAAAAUACAUACUUUCCUGAAAGGAAUGUCUAAAAUUUUGAGUGUCUUGAUUUUAAUUACUAUUCAAAUAUCACAGAUUCAUUAAAUCAUUUUAAGUGACAUGACUGGUCUUCUUUUAAAACUUAAAUUGAAACAUUGC